UUCAUUUGAUUUGCGCGACUAACGCAGACAAGGCAAGACAGCAUGUCCGCUCCAGCAUCGUCCCCGAAGAAGGCCAAGAAGCCCGCGGCGCCCAAGGUCCCUGCGGCUCACCCGCCCACCACCGUCAUGGUUACGGCGGCCGUGGAAGCGCUCAAGGACCGCACCGGUUCUUCCCUGUCGGCUAUCAAGAAGUACAUCGGUGGCAACUACAAGUUCGACGUGGAGAAGAAAUCGCACUUCAUAAAGCGCGCUCUGAAAAGCCUGGUGGAGAAGGGUACCCUCCUACAGGUUAAAGGGACCGGGGCGUCGGGGUCCUUCAAGAUCAACGUGGCAGCCAAGAAAGCCGCCGAGAAAGCGGCAAAGAAGGCCGUCAAGAAGCCAGUCAAGAAACCCGCGGCUAAGAAGGCCACGAAACCAAAGACAACCAAGCCAAAGAAGCCCAAGGCGAAGAAGGCUACCACCCCCAAGAAGACGACGACCAAGAAACCGACCGCGAGCAAGAAAACCAAGAAAUCUCCUGCCAAGAAACCUGCUAGCAAGAAAUCCGUCAAAAAGACUCCUACAAAGAAGACCACCAAGAAGACCGCGCCCGCCAAGAAGGCCUCCAAGCCCAAGAAGAAGUGAAGAUCUGACCGAAAAUCCCGGCCCUUUUCAGGGCCACCCACAACCUUACAAAAGAACUAUCACAAUCACAUAUCCACACGAAUACAUACUAUCUCUGUCCCUUGAAAGAUAGAACACAUGGAAUAAAGAGUAACAACAAUAAUAAUAAUAAUAAACUUUCUAUAC